CGUAUGUAGGUGAGAUCCCCGCAUCAUUCCAUCUUUUCCGGCUGCGAAUCAGAGCCAUCCGAACUCGGGAGCUGUAUGCCUAUUGGAGAACCUGCUGUUGACCGAUCAAGACGCCCCAAUGACGGAUCGCAAACCUGGCCGGUCGAAUAUCGAUUAGACACGAGAACGCCAAGUACUCACCUGCCUUUUUCAUAUAGGAAGCUCCAAACUAGUGCUGAGCUCUUUCUCACUGUGCCGUUCUGCUGGUGCGAUACAAGAUAGAAGAUACUGGAAAUUCAAACUCUAGGCCUGGUCCAGGUCCAUGGAAAUCACGGCAUGACGCAAUUCCAAGAGAUACCGGUGUAAUAUGUAGUGUGAUUGUUGAUUGUUUUCCCUGAUAUACCCCACCUCGCUUUCCAGCCCUAGCUUCUUUGUUGUAGUUAUUUGAUGGUGUCCUGGGCCCUUCCAUUUUCAUAGAACUUUUUGUUCAACCCACCUACCUCAAGCCAAGCUACCAUAGGGUCGUAGGUUAUCGGCGUGGAAAGUAGGUUGUUCUCGUCGUGACCCUAGGUACGUGAAGAUGAGGUUUCGAUCGCCAGCAGCGGUAGCUUUCGCUGCCCUGCCUACCGUCUUCGGUAUUACGCCAGAGUCUAUGCUCGCUGCGAACCGCUAUGGCGUUGCCGCACCCAACCCCAGUGGUGACUUUGCACUCUACACGGUAUCUAACUACACGUUUGAGACCAAGAAGAGGUCAUCGCAGUGGAACAAGCUCGAUUUGAAAACUGGCGAGAUCUCUGUCUGGUAUUCCGGCUCCGACAUUUCGGAAGUUGUGUUUGUCGGAUCAACGCCUACAAGCAUCAUUUACAUCAACGGCACGAACGCCGAAGACGACGGCGGUAUAAGCUUAUAUGCUGCAGACGUCAACUCCCUAAAGGAUGCCAAGUUGAUCACAUCCUUGCCCGCGCCCUACUCAGGUCUUAAAGCUGUCCGAACGGAAUCCGGCGAUAUCCACUUCCUCGUAUACACUAAGGCGUAUCCUAACGGCACAGCGUACAACGAGGCAUCUGCAAACACUCCGGCCAGCACGGCCAGGAUUUACACACAAACUUACGUUCGCCAUUGGGACACAUGGCUUGAUGACAAGAAAAACGCCGUCUUUGGCGGCGUGCUGAAGGAAUCCGGUGACUCCUACUCAUUUUCCGGAGAGCUCACAAACUACGUCUCCGGCAUUGCUAAUGUCACACGCGCCGAGAGCCCCUACGACCAGAGUGACGAGAGUGAUUACGACAUCUCGCCCGAUGGAAGUGGUGUUGUUUUCCUGACUAAGGAUCCUUCGCUUCCGUUGGCUAAUUAUACCGCUGAUGUGAUCUACUAUGUGCCGUUCAAUGGCACUUCAAAGGACGCCGUUCCGAUCAAUGCCAGGGGUACUACCAAGUACCCCAAAGCCCAAGGCGCCGCCGUAAGCCCGAGGUUUUCUCCUUCCGGAAAGAAAAUUGCGUAUUUCCAGAUGAACAAUAUCGCCUACGAGUCGGAUCGUAAUAUCCUUUACGUCGCGGACGCGGAUCCGGAAGACUUCAACGUGACUGCACUCGCGCUGGACUGGGAUAGAUCGCCAGAUAGUCUAGCAUGGUCCAAGGACUCAGAGACCCUCUUUGUCGCUGCUCCAGAUCUAGGUCGAGAACGUAUCUUCCCUGUUCCUCUUACCGCUGGCGAUUCGUAUGUCCCCAAGAACAUUACGAACGAAGGUGUACCUGCCGGCUUUUAUGUCCUGCCUGAUGACUCCAUUCUCGUAUCCGAUUCCAAGAUCUGGACGAGCCGGGAUAUCUACACAGUAUCGCCGGAAGGUGAUGUCAUCAAGACAUACUUCCAGGCUAAUCUGGUCGACCCUGCUCUCGCUGGUCUUGGGCCGGAGGAUGUGUCUGAGUUCUAUUACUCGACCAAUACUUCUGAAAUCAAGCAGCAAUCAUGGAUUGUUUACCCCGAAGGCUUCGACGAGAACAAGACUUACCCGCUGGCUUUCAUCACGCACGGCGGUCCCCAAGGUGCCCACUUCAACUCGUGGAGCACGCGGUGGAAUUUCAAGGUAUGGGCUGAUCAGGGUUACGUCGUUAUUGCGCCAAACCCAACGGCGAGUUCUGGUUGGGGCCAGAACUUGACAGAUGCUAUUCAAGGCCGGUGGGGAUUAUAUCCGUACUGGGAUCUGGUACAUGUCUGGGACUACGUCAACAGCACCCUGAAGUAUGUUGAUACAGAGAAUGGUAUCGAAGCCGGCGCAUCGUUCGGCGGAUAUAUGACAAACUGGAUUCAAGGACACGAGCUUGGAAGGCGAUUCAAGGCUCUCGUGACGCAUGACGGCAGCACGUCGACUUUGAAUCAAUAUGCCAGCGAGGAACUGUGGUUCAUGAACCACGAUUUCAGUGGCCAAUUUAACUCGGGUGGUUUCGUACCUGGCUCGCCAUACUACGACUGGAACCCCUUGUUGUACGUGGACAACUGGGCGACGCCGCACUUCGUAGUCCAUAACUCGCUAGACUUCCGGCUACCCGUCAGCGAAGGCAUUCUCCUCUUCAACCUCCUCCAGACGAAGGGUGUGCCGAGCAAACUGCUCAACUUCCCAGACGAGAACCACUGGGUUCUUAAGCAAGAGAACAGUUUGGUCUGGCACACGGAAAUCUUCAAAUGGAUUAAUCACUAUAGCGGUAUCAGUAAUUCGUCUAGCCCUUAUUAAGAGCUAGAUGUAAUUCACCUGUACGUAAUUCGCUUGGGAUCAUGGAAUUCUGUUGAAUCCUGUAAUACCUAAUUUAAUUAGACAUUAUCGUUUGAUGAAGCAACAUUGUGCGUUGUAUCAUGCAUGUGACUCAAUGCAAAAAAGUAAAGUACUUGCUUCAGCACAGCAUAGAAUGUGUGUGACUAGAUACCAGGUAGGUAGGCAGCGGAACAUACCUAAUGUAAAUCGAUGUGAU